AAUAUUCAGUUCUCGUUUGGAUUUAAACGGUUUCGCACGAUAAGUUCCCCACGUUGUGAUUGUCUUUUCCCCAAGUGCAAGUUGUGAUUAAAUCCACGCGGGAAAUCCGCAUUCUUCUGUCCCCCCUACAUUACUCUCCUAAGGAAUCCCGGAGCCCUUCAUUAGUGAUAGAAAGAUCUAAAUUUAAAAAAUUAAGGAACAAUGGGUGACGAUCAAACUCCAUCGCAAAACCCAGCACUGAGACUCUAUGCGGCAAUCACUUUAAUUGCCGACAUCAUCGGCUUGCUGCUGAAAUUUACACUGGAAAUUAUUUACUCUUUUAUGAAGUUAUUUGUCAGGGCGGAGCUCAAGGAUUUAAGCGGGGAGGUUGUUGUGAUAACAGGAACUGGACAUGGAAUUGGACGAGAACUCGCUCUUCAGUAUACAAAUUUGGGAUGUGAAGUCGUAUGUUUGGACAUUAAUGAGGCUAGCAAUGCCGAAACUGUGGAGAUGGCCAAUGGACUAAAGCGCGGACGCGCUUAUGGCUUCCAGUGUGACGUGACGAACAGAGAUCAGGUGCUGGAGCUGGCCACGAAGAUCAAAUUGCAAAUUGGACAUGUGUCGGUGGUUGUGAAUAAUGCGGGGAUCAUGCCAUCGCGCCCGCUGUGGGAGCAAACGCACGAGGAGAUUCGGAAGGUUUUUGAUAUCAACGUGAUGGCGCACUUUUGGAUCUUCGAGGCCUUCCUCCCGCAUAUGUUUGAGAAGAAUCGCGGGCAUUUGGUGUCAAUUUCGUCAGUGGCUGGGCUCAUAGGUGCCACCAAUUUGGUCCCAUAUUGCGCCUCCAAGUUUGCAGUUCGCGGAAUGAUGGAGGCUCUCUUUGAAGAAUUCCGCGAGCAUAAAAUUCCCAUCAAAUCGACCAUCAUUUAUCCCUACAUGGUGGACACGGGCCUGUGCAAGAGCCCCAAGAUGCGCUUCACCAAGGCAAUGGCCCUCCUAACACCAAAAGCCGCCGCCGCAUCAAUAAUUGAGGCCCAUCGCAAAGAACUCCUCGAAGCAACAAUACCCCGCUACAUUGGCUACCUCAAUAAGUUUGUCCGCAACUAUCCAGUUCGCUGUCAGAUUAUGCUCAAGGAUUUCUUCGAGAGUGGUGUGGGUACAGAUCAGUGAUUUUUCGAGGGUUUAUACUACUUUUUUUUUGCUUGCUUGGUAAAACAUUUAUGCCAUCAACUUUGUCUCACAUUCCAUCCAUAAUAAAAAGGCUCCAUUUCGGGAUA